AACGAUACGCCGUAGAAGAAGCAUUAUCAAGCGAACAGCUCCAUACAAAAUAUUUUGCAAGUAGUGAACAUCAAAAGAGUAUUGAAAAAACUUAGAGUUUUAGCCUACCUGCAUCAUGAUAUCGAAUACUUUACAACAUAAGCGACGUAGAGUGAAGAAGAUUACAGUGGAUCAUGUAGAAGUUCCGAAAAGAAUGAGGAGCAAUUUAUUUAAUGACGCUGAUGCAAUCCAAUUGUACAAUAGACAUAAUAUAGUAGUAAAAAAUAGAAAAGAAAUUACUCAUCAGCUUUUUCACGAAUAUCUAAAAGAAAGCUCGAUUCACGGCAUAAAGUACUUCAGUAAUUUAACAUUGAAAUCCAGCAUUAUUGGAAAGCUCUUCUGGAUUAUAAUCAUGAUCGGCACUUUUGUGUUUUUGAGUAUAAUGCUCGAAAAGUUCUGGCUACGUUACACUACUAAUCCAACCCGCAGCGUCAUUAAGUCAUUUCACUCUCCAAUAUUUCAAGCCCCUUUUCCAGCUCUUACUCUUUGUCCCUUAAUACCACCUUUGGGUAAAACACGCAAAAAAGUAUUCGAAAGUUUGACUUUGCCAAAUAAUAUGAAUAAUAGUACAGGAAGAUUCCUGGUUAGAUAUGGACCCGCAAUGGCGAAUGAGAACAAUCCUGGUGGUAGAAGUCACUUAAAUGAAUUGAAAUUAUUAUUAAAAACAAACAAUAUGACGCUACUCGAUUUCCUAAAAGCUUUGCGACCUUGCGAAGACUUAUUUGAAACCUGUUUUUGGGAAGGCACUGAGAAAAAUUGCAGCGAACUGUUCAAAGUAUCUUACACUUAUACAGGUGUAUGUUGCUCCUUCAACUAUCAUCUCGAAGAAUUCAUAGAAACCGGCAUGUAAUUAAUAUUAAUUUUUAUUUAUCUGUUUAGUUAAUAUUAAUUCUACACAUUAAUUUUUU